UGGCUGGACUCGGUUCGUCUCUCGGCUUUCUCUCCUCGACCGAACAAGGUGUGUGCGUUGUGUGCUCCCGCUGAAGCCAUCCGAAAAAAGUGGAAGAUUUUUUUUCCAUUUUUUCACACCAAUUUUUCCAGCGAGGAAGUCGAAGUAGUAGAGCUUAAAUUCGACGCAAAAGUACCGUUUUCCAGCAACGCAAAAGUUCAGCUGUAAAGUGAAACCGGAAAGUGAACGCCCCGAGCAACGCGAAACCCCAAUCUGCAAGGUGACCAAGUUGGAAGUGAAAAAUUUUUCCACCUUCCCGAUCGCCAUCUUUUUUCUUCGAUCGACUCCGACACCGUGUGAGUGAGAGUGUGUGUGUGUUAGUGUUCGUGUCAACCCCAAAGCGGAGCGCUAGGCCAGACGGGAACUAUUCCUCCUCUGCGAAAGUGUUUUCGUGCGACAGUCGCAGCGCAGCAGACAGACGAGAGAACUAAACGGGGAAAAAGUGCACUAGAAAGCCAAUGCGCAGCGAGGAAUAAGAAGUGAAAUAGUGAAGAUUUGUGGACCGGCGUCAAGCAGAUUCGCAUUAGAAGGAAGCAGUCACACCAGAGAGGACAAAGCUCAGUUUUAAUACAAGGCAGUUCUCUACGCAGCGAACGAACAAGUCCCAUUUUGUGUCGGCUCUGCGAGGAAGGGAAAGCACGAGAAGAUCUCUAUAAUAAUGCAGUUCCAAGGAAACGGACAACCCCAUCCGGGAGGUUUUCGCCCACGUGGCGAUAAGCCAGAUUUCUACGGUGGAAACGGUGGCCCCGGAGGCAAACCACACUUCAUGAACAAACCCGGUGGACCACCCACGAUCCCGCCCUUCAAUCCGAACGGAUUCGGUGGACCGAAGCCCAUGUAUGGCAGUGGACCUAACGGACCGGCCGGUGGUCCCGGCCGUUUCAACAAGUUCCGCCCGAACACCUACGGCGGUGGUCCCACAGAACUCGGCGGAAUGGCGCCAAAGAAGGACUUUGGUGGACCGAAGAUGUUCGGCACGGGCGCUCCAGCUGGAAUGGGAGCGAUGAACGGUAAGCCGAUGUACGACAAACCUUUCGAUGCUUUCGGAGGCCCCAAAAAGUACAACUCCAUGCCAAAUUCGUACGGAAACAGAAAUGGUUACGGCCCGAAGCCGGACUUCAACAACAUGAGCAAAGAGGAACGGGCCAAGAUUCAGUCGCUGAAGGCCAAAUUCCCCGGACAAGGACUGGUGAAGCCGAUCUGGAAGGAUCUAGAGCCAUUCGAGAAGGACUUCUACGUUCCUCACCCGAACGUGAUGGCUCGGACACCGGAAGAAGUGCAGGCGUUCCGCGAGCGCAUGCAAAUCACCGUCAUGGGCAACAGCGUGCCCCAUCCGUCCCAGGACUUUGAGGAAGGCAACUUCCCCGACUUUGUCAUGAACGAAAUCAACAAAAUGGGCUUCCCAAGUCCGACGGCCAUCCAGGCUCAAGGCUGGCCCAUCGCUCUCUCCGGUCGGGAUUUGGUCGGAAUCGCUCAGACGGGCUCGGGCAAGACGCUGGCCUACAUGCUGCCCGGUAUUGUGCACAUCGCCCACCAGAAGCCACUGCAGCGUGGUGAAGGCCCGGUAGUGUUGGUGCUGGCGCCAACCCGUGAACUGGCCCAGCAGAUUCAAACCGUGGUCCGGGACUUUGGCACCCACUCGAAGCCGUUGAUUCGGUACACUUGCAUCUUCGGCGGAGCACUGAAGGGUCCUCAGGUUCGUGAUUUGGAACGUGGAGUUGAAGUGGUGAUUGCCACCCCUGGACGUCUCAUCGAUUUCCUCGAGCGGGGCAUCACCAAUUUGCGCCGUUGUACUUACCUGGUGCUCGAUGAAGCCGAUCGUAUGUUGGACAUGGGCUUCGAGCCUCAGAUUCGCAAGAUCAUCGAACAAAUCCGACCGGAUCGACAGGUGCUGAUGUGGUCCGCCACGUGGCCCAAGGAAGUUCAGGCGUUGGCCGAAGAUUUCCUGCAUGACUACAUCCAGAUCAACAUCGGAUCGUUGAAUCUUUCGGCCAAUCACAACAUCCACCAGAUUGUGGACGUGUGCGAGGAGAACGAAAAGGAGGGCAAACUGCUGUCGCUGUUGAAGGAAAUUGCUAGCGAUGUCAACAACAAGAUCAUCAUUUUCGUCGAAACCAAGAAGAAGGUGGAAGACCUGCUGAAGAAUAUCGUCCGGGAUGGAUAUGGUGCGACGUCGAUUCACGGUGACAAGUCCCAAUCGGAGCGUGAUUACGUGCUGCAAGAUUUCCGCCACGGAAAGAGCACCAUUCUGGUGGCCACCGAUGUUGCCGCACGUGGCUUGGACGUGGAAGACGUGAAGUAUGUGAUCAACUUUGACUAUCCGAAUUCCUCGGAAGAUUACAUUCACCGAAUCGGACGAACGGGUCGAUGCUCGUCGUACGGAACGGCUUACACGUUCUUCACGCCCGGCAACGGUCGGCAGGCGCGCGAAUUGCUCUCAGUUCUGGAGGAAGCAGGACAGCAACCGACGGCGCAGCUGAUCGACUUGGCCAAACAGGCUCCAGGAGGUAAGGGUGGACGAAGCCGAUACAACGUCCGAGGUGCGUUGACUUCCGGAGGAUACAAUCGGGAUCAGAACGGUUUUGGAGGUAACAGGAUGUUCCAGAAGAAGCCUUUCGAGAAUCGAUUUGGAGGUCCUCCAUCCAAUGGAAUGGGACCGAACCGGUUCAACAAUCCCGGACCGAACAAAUACGGCGGACCUGGUGGAUACCGAAGUGAAAACAGUUGGAAUAAGAACACUGGAGGUUACCAGACGGUUCCUUCGCAUCAGGCACAGAACGGAACGCCACAGCAGUCGCCACCGCAGCAGCAGUUGUACGAACCUCACCAGCAGAUGCGAUUCCAUUCGAAGAACACGAUGUACCAGAAUCCGAAUCAGUACGAAGAUUUCUCCAACCAAAUGAUCGGAGGAGCUCCGCAGACCUUCAAUGGCCAUACCGGCACACGUUUCUAUUCGAACAAGCCCCAUCAGGGUGCUGGUGGAAUGCAGCAGACUCAGCUUGGUGGUCCAGGUGGCCGUUAUAAUCCGAACAACCAGUACAACGGUGAUGUUGGUCCGAAGCCAGCUGGUGGACGUCCCCCGUAUCAGCCGAAGCAGCAACAGUUCACCAACAGCUACGCGACCGGAUCGGCUAAUCCGUACCCAGCACAGUUGGCAGCUGCGGCUGCUGCGGCCGCCGCUGCUGUCGGUGGUGGACAAACCAUUCCAACGGCUGGAUUCACCGGAUACGAUCCGCUGGCUGGCGUUCAGGGAGCGAUGGGUACUUUCACUUCAUCGUACCAAAUUCCAGCCGCUGCUGCGUACUACUCGUACCCAGCGGCCGCUGCUCCGCCGCCACCCCAACAAACCCAGGCCCCUCCGGUCGUUCCACCGGUCCAGCAGUAAGCUCGCCGCUUCCGAAGGUAUACAAACACAUUUAUACAACCAACAUAUUGCUAAGCAUGAGAAUUUAAACAUUUUUCAGCAAGAAAGCUCGUUAAUUUCCAUACUUUUAACUUAUUAACCGCAACGGAAGGUGUUCGUUUUCUUUUCGUGAAGAGAAUAAUCUUCCCUAUAAUUAGGCAUUGCGCAAACUGUGUGUUUUUCUUUUUCACCUUUCGUAACGUUUAGAAGGACUUCAACUUUCUCCCCGAUAUAUCUAUUAUGUGAAAGCAUUCAUUCUAUUGGAAGGAAUAAUAUCUUAGAAUAAUAUUAUUGUGAAUCUAAAUAAUGUGAAAUUACAACAACCGAUUGAGGAAAGCUUGGAUAAACACAAGAAAGCGAUUAUAUAUUAAAAAAUGGACGUUUUGUCUUUUAGCGAGUGUGGUCGGUGGUGGUCCACGCGACCGGAGAGGGGGUCCUUCCCUCUCCUUCACGUAUGUUUGUUAGAUUGUAAGCGUAAUUACACACACACAGUAAAAAAAAGAAACACAAGCUAUACACACUCGAAAGCCGAGAGAGAAAACAAAUUUAAUCUUACACAAACACGUAUAAAGUUACAUAAAAACAUAAUAUUACAUUGCAUUCAGGCAUUGGUAGUUUUACACACAUCUCUAUUUAUUGAACGAGGAAAUAUUCAUACCUAAGCAGACGAAACAACAAACGCUAUGCAUUUUCCAACGUGUAUAUUCUCAUUAGGUUCCUUUUCGUUGUGUUAUGAGUUCGGUGAUGUGAGGAUGUUUAAUUUUUUUUUACUUCUUGUCCGACCUGAACUGAACCACCAAAGUUAGGGAUUUUUCUUUCGGUUUUGCAAGUGUUUUGCUGAUUGUUGAUCCUGGUGAUGGGUGGGAAGGUUAGUUUGAUCAUUUGCUUACUUUGAUACUCAGAGUUUUAAUUUGGAAUGUGGGACAUGAAUGAAUGAAAAGUAGUAAAACCUUCCCCCGCGCUGACGCCCAGCGUGCCUGUCAUUGACCGCAAUGCACGGCUACGGUUAACUAAACGUCGUCGGAAUUUCGUCAACAUUUUUAAAUUUGUAACCAAAAGCACAGAAGUUUUGAGAUUUGGUAGAAACUCGAAGAUCAAUAGGGAAAUUUCAAAGCAAAAUCUUCGAGUUUUCAUUCGAAAUUUCGGUUGUUAAGUUUAUACACGUUUAUAGUGUUUUAUUUGGCAUAACAGCGAGGCGUAUGGUAUAACGCCAGUUAUGUAUUUUGAAUACUCUUUUUUGCAAUGCGAGCUGAAUUUGGAUUAUUUUAGCAUCAAGAUGCACGACUAAUGCUGUUAUCAGUUUUGGUAAACUUGGGUUUUUGAGUGAUAACAAGCAAUAGUUCCGGAUCCGUCCUCCACAUUACCGAUCUACAAUAAAGCAAAACGCGAAUGAUAUCAUUCGGAAAAAGAAUAACCGUGUCGAUUAGCAGCUGUAAGUAGGAAGUUAAAUUUUUCGUUAAAUAUUCACUGAAAUCAUACAAGAACAAAAUCACACUUCCACGAAACACGUAUUCAUUGUAUGACACGGUGCGUAAGAAAAUUAGGGGUUUAACAAAUCGGUUCUAUUGGCGUUGGAAUACUUCGCACCAAUAGCUAUCCGUGUCACCGGGGACACCGGGCGGUCCCCACAGAGUCAACAAUUCCAAAACUACCCUCCUUUCCAUAUCCAAAGUAUGUAUGUGAAACGUUUGGUACAAAGCAUUGAAAGUGUGCAAAAAAGCGAAUGCAUCACGCAUACACACCCGUAAAUGGCAUGGUGGAAUACCUGUAUGGGGUGACCAUCUUGCCAAAGUAACCUACCGCAAAAAAAGGGCGCAUUCGGAGUUCGUAUAGAUAAGUUCGCCGGAAAAAGCGAACACACAGGAACUAGAAAAUUUAUUCUAAAAGAAAAAUUUCAACAGCAGAACCAGAAUACAACGCAACCCAAAAAAAGUGAGGAAACAGAAGAGAAAGCUGUUUCUCCAGAAAAGAAUAUUUUACUGCCGACAGACGUCACCGGAACGCGGUGACGUUUGGUGGCAAUUUACAAGAAAUACAGACAAUUACAAAGGAAACCAAUCUGCUACGUAAGUAAGAGGAUAAACCAAGAGAAGCGUAACGUGAAAAAGAGUAAAAGACUAGUGGAUAACUAGAAUACUAAUGAGAACGGAUAGGCAAAAAUCGAUAAGAGCAAUUAGAGACGGCGAGCGCCUAAGAUUUAAGCGAAGAUAUAAACUUGUGUGAUAAACGUUGAUGUCACUUGUGAGAAUGAUAAUGAUAUAAUAACAACAGAAAACAAUACAAAAACUGAAGUACGCAAACAAACAGAACAAAAACACACAAUGAAGGCAAGAGACUUGAAAACUUUUUUGUUUUAUUUAAUGAAAUUUGUGAUAUUCGUAAAUAUUUCCUUUCGCGUAUCUGACACAUCGCGCCAGCAUUAAUUUAGAAAAAAAAAAGCUAAACCCCCGGCAACCUGGAGAGAAAGUCGAGAAAGUAAAUUCGCGCGCGUAUCAUUGACAAACAACACAGCAGACGUGACACAUGUUUACGAGAAAAAGCAUGCGAACAAGUCCAAAGCGGGCGAAAAUCGGUCGCAUUCGAAGCGUCCACAGCUCCGUCUGAGAAUCUGUGUAAUAGGCUAUGUAGUAAUGUUUAGAGGCCACAUUCCUUUAAAAGAAGCAAACUGCUGCGUGUUGGGCCCCCUUCUCGGGCGGUAUAUCUCAGUAGUUGUUAGGUUUUUCUCUCAUUGAAAACACACAUACACAAUUCAGUACCUGUUCAAAGUCGGAAAAAGUAAAACAAGAAUCACGCAAAAAAACAUAGACGCGAAAACGUAGUUGACGAGAGCAAAGUGAAUGAUGAAAAGACGAAUUUUAAUUUAAGCAUCAAUUUGAGAGAUGAAAAAUGCAAACUGUUCAAAUUGUUUAUGGGAAAUAUGGGGACAAAUAACAGUAAUCAACAGUCGUCAGUUGAAUACCGGUAGUAGUUAAAAAGCAUGGAUUUCCUUCUCACACAAAUCUAGUCCGAAAAAACUGUUGUUUUAUUUUGUAUUUUUAUUAGAAUUUAUCAUACAUAGGGGAAAUCCAACGUGUGAUAACGUGAAUAGCGCCACUGUCGUUGCGAAAAGUGGCAUUUUUAUGGUUCUUUUUUUUUUACGGAAAAUACAAGAAAAAUGAAGAGAUGAGACUAUUUUCAUCAAUUCUCGAUGAUGAUGCGAGAAAAGUACUAGCAAAAACCAAACACAAAGAGUAAUUUAGGAAAAGAUAGUAGAACAGCAACGCGCAAUCAAACAACCACUAGUACCUAAGUGGAUUGUUAGUCUUCCCGCUAGAGGGCACUCGGCAGUGGUAUUUUCAUCUGCUUCAAAACGAGGGACUCUUUCUCGUUCAGCGCGCGCACUGUUAUUGAAUGCAUGGCAUCCACAUGACAUUUACUAGCACGAAAUCGAACGAUAGAUUUACAGCAGAAAACAUGAACGGAUAACCAUAACCAAAUUGCCUUUAAAUGAACUGUGAUCGUAUCAAAUCUCGUCUCGUUCCUUUUUCUCAUCACUUUGUUGUAAGAGGACAAGUUCGUAUAACUCCCCCUUUUCGACGGGGGAUCAAAACUCAUUUUUUACACCUUCAUUUGUUAUAUCACCUACAAAUCUACUAUAUUUUUUGUUAUUUACAAAAGCUAAUAAGUACUAGAACAAUACAUUCGUGUGUGAUUCGGAGUUGUUCAUACUCUGGCUGACUGAUUAUUGUUGUUUAAGAACUACUAGUUAGAAGUGUUUAAAAUACAUUCAAUUGACACAAAAAUGAAAUGUAUGCCAAAAGUAUUCAUAUUGAUACACAAACGAAGGAAAUUUACUUUAUGUUAAAAUCGAAACGAAAUGAAAAAUUAAAAUUCGUCAAAUUGUUCCUGAUCGAAAACCACGUGGUAUUUUUAGUUCUCAUAAAGCUAGAAUCAUUAAACAAACCUAUGAUAACAAAACAGAAGAAAUUUACUUCUCUCGAGUAUCGUAACACAAACAACACAAAUGUUGCAAUAAAACAAAAAAGUUAACCAGAAAACUUUCUUUCACAACCAAACCAACGCAGUACUAGAACAUGGAUGCGCAGGCAAAUGCGCUGUGUUCACACUUCUACCGAAACACAAAACAAAAACUUUCGUUUUACAAGCAAGAUCCGUACUCUCUUGCGCUUUCCAUUGGGUGAUAUUGUGAUAACCAUCAGAAAGAGAGUAUGUCGUCGUAGAAGACAGGUGAAACAGCCAAGCAAAAACGAACAAAAGAGUCAUUAUCGAUAUACAAAACAAAAAGAAAAAAACUCGCAUCUGUGAAAAAAUGACAACCGAAUUAACAAAUAUAAAAAAGAAACAAGACACACAUACAAAACAGAGAAGCAAAUCGGGUAACUUUGUAAUACAUUGUUGUUUGUAAGCGAACCACACACACACACACACAAUCUUAUAGGGAGGAUCUUGACGGCGUUUGGCCAGCCAAGAUCGUUCGGAACAUUUUGUGCAACCUUAUGUGAAGGUUUUGUGCGCGUCUCGACGCCCAUCCCGCGUCGAAAGAGAAUUUUUAGGAAAAAUAUGAAAAUUGAAACACUGAAAACAGCAGAGAACCAAACGCUCGCCUCUCUAGGAAGAAAACAAAAAAACCAACAACAACAACAACCAUUAUUGUUGAUUGAUUGAUUGACAAGGAAAUCGAAUCAAAAAAAAGUGUCGAGGAGGAAAAUGUUUUAUUUAUCCUAAAACAUAAGAAUUGUAUCACUUCUUAUUUAUGAAGCUAUUUUUCAUAAAACGAAAAAGUAAAACACGCCAGAUACAUUUUUUGGUAUCCAGAAGCCAAGGCAAACAAAAAACUACGAUCUGUGAGAGUAUGAUGAAGCGUCGUCAUGAAAAAAAGAUGUUUUUUUUUUAUUUGAAAAAUGCAUAAACACACUGUAAGAAAAUCUCGCGUGUGUGAUGAAGCGAAACGACGGUGAGGUCGUAGUAUUCGGCAAUAUCUCCGUUUGAGCGUUCGCCGGAUUGGAAGAGAAAAUAUGGUUCUGUACGAACUCUACUUACAACAACCCAUCUGGUUUGGCGCCUUUCGCGAGCGUCUCACAUAUUUUGCUGCUCCACUAGCAGAUACUGCUUAGAUGAACCGGAACAUGUCAGAAAAUUCAUGAAUUAAAUCGUUUAAUAAACAAGCAAACCGUGAACUAAUAAAACAUUAUCAAGUUUAAUGGGCAAAUUAA